AUGGAUCGUAAAAGAAAUAUCCGUAAUAUGUCCGUCAUAGCACAUGUGGAUCAUGGUAAGUCAACCCUGACGGAUUCACUGGUGUCAAAGGCUGGUAUUAUUGCCGGUGCAAAAGCGGGUGAGACUCGGUUUACGGACACUCGAAAGGAUGAACAAGAACGUUGUAUUACUAUCAAGUCGACUGCCAUAUCGCUUUUCUUCGAACUGGCUGAUAAGGAUAUCGAAUUCAUCAAGGGUGAAAAUCAAUACGAAGUGGAUGUUGUGAAUGGCGAAAAGAAAAAACUGCAUGAAUUCUUGAUCAAUCUUAUCGACUCACCCGGCCACGUCGAUUUUUCGAGUGAAGUGACAGCUGCACUGCGUGUAACUGAUGGAGCAUUGGUUGUGGUGGAUUGUGUUUCGGGUGUAUGCGUACAGACAGAAACAGUAUUGCGACAAGCAAUUGCUGAACGAAUAAAGCCGGUGUUGUUCAUGAAUAAGAUGGAUCGUGCGCUUCUGGAGUUGCAACUAGGUCAAGAGGAAUUGUAUCAAACAUUUCAACGUAUCGUUGAGAAUAUCAACGUUAUUAUUGCUACGUACGGUGACGACGAUGGCCCUAUGGGUCCAAUUAUGGUCGAUCCAGCUGUUGGUAACGUUGGUUUCGGUUCGGGUCUCCACGGAUGGGCGUUCACAUUGAAGCAGUUUGCUGAGAUGUACGCCGAGAAGUUCGGAGUACAGGUGGACAAAUUGAUGCAUAAUCUUUGGGGCGAUCGUUUCUUUAAUUUGAAGACGAAGAAGUGGAGUUCCAAUCAAGAUGCGGACAGCAAGAGAGGUUUCGUGCAGUUCGUGCUUGAUCCAAUCUUCAAAGUGUUCGAUGCUGUGAUGAAUGUGAAAAAGGAGGAAGUAGCCAAACUGUUAGUCAAACUCAACAUCAAACUCGCCGCUGAUGAGAAGGAUCUCGAAGGAAAGCCGCUCAUGAAGGUGAUGAUGCGAAAAUGGUUGCCAGCCGGUGAUACAAUGCUUCAAAUGAUCUGCAUUCAUUUACCAUCACCUGUGACGGCACAAAAGUACCGUAUGGAAAUGCUCUACGAAGGACCGCACGAUGAUGAGGCCGCAAUGGCGAUCAAGAACUGCGAUCCGAACGGACCGUUGAUGAUGUACGUCUCGAAGAUGGUGCCCACUACCGACAAAGGACGCUUCUAUGCGUUCGGUCGAGUCUUCUCUGGAAAGGUAUCGACCGGAAUGAAAGCACGUAUUCAAGGCCCGAAUUACAUACCGGGUAAGAAGGACGAUCUGUACGAGAAGACAAUCCAACGCACCAUAUUGAUGAUGGGUCGUUAUGUGGAGCCGAUCGAGGACAUUCCAUCCGGCAACAUAGCUGGUCUGGUCGGUGUUGACCAGUAUCUGGUGAAGGGUGGCACGAUCACAACCUUCAAAGAUGCGCAUAAUCUGCGUGUGAUGAAGUUCUCGGUGUCACCGGUCGUUCGCGUUGCUGUUGAGCCGAAGAAUGCGGGUGAUUUGCCGAAACUGGUGGAAGGACUGAAACGUCUGGCGAAAUCCGAUCCUAUGGUACAGUGCAUAUUCGAAGAGUCUGGUGAGCACAUCAUCGCCGGUGCAGGCGAACUGCAUCUGGAGAUCUGUCUGAAAGAUCUGGAAGAGGAUCACGCAUGCAUCCCGAUCAAGAAAUCCGAUCCAGUCGUCUCAUACCGUGAAACGGUCGCUGAAGAGUCUGAUCAGUUGUGUCUCUCAAAGUCACCCAACAAACAUAAUCGUCUAUUCUGUAAAGCCCUCCCAAUGCCAGAUGGUCUUGCUGACGAUAUUGAUAAGGGUGAAAUCAACGCUCGUGAUGAAAUCAAGGCUCGUGCAAAGUUACUGGCAGAGAAGUACGAGUAUGAUGUGACAGAAGCACGUAAAAUUUGGUGCUUUGGUCCUGAUGGCACUGGUGCGAAUAUACUGGUUGAUGUGACCAAGGGAGUGCAGUAUUUGAACGAAAUCAAGGAUUCGGUCGUGGCCGGAUUCCAGUGGGCAACCAAGGAGGGUGUGUUGUGCGACGAGAACAUGCGAGGUGUUCGCUUCAACAUUCACGACGUAACUCUGCACGCUGACGCCAUCCACAGAGGCGGUGGUCAAAUAAUCCCGACCGCAAGACGUGUUCUGUACGCGUGUGUGCUGACCGCACAGCCUCGUCUUCUCGAGCCUGUCUACCUGGUCGAGAUUCAAUGUCCAGAGAACGCAGUUGGUGGCAUUUACGGUGUAUUGAAUCGUCGCCGAGGUCACGUCUUUGAAGAAUCGCAGGUGGCGGGUACUCCUAUGUUUGUUGUUAAAGCAUAUCUUCCUGUGAACGAGUCGUUCGGCUUCACGGCGGAUCUUCGCUCAAACACAGGCGGUCAAGCAUUCCCACAGUGUGUAUUCGAUCACUGGCAGAUUCUGCCCGGUAAUCCAUUAGAUCCAAGCACAAAACCAUCGGCAGUGGUUGCGGAGACACGCAAACGCAAGGGAUUGAAGGAGCAGGUGCCGACACUGGAUAAUUUCCUUGAUAAGAUGUAAUCAUUCUUGCACAAUAUCAUGUUUUUCAUCAGCUGCACACACCCGUAAUCAUUCGUUGCCGUUUUGUUUUGUUCGAUAUAUUGUUAACUUUGUUAUUAUCGAAUUGAAAAUGUUAUUGUUGAGAGUUUAUUUGAAGUGAAAGCUGGUUGUAAUGAGUGGGUAUAUUAUUUAUUUGAUGUUUUUUUGAUAUAACCGAGAUAAAUAAACGAGUGAUGAUGAUAGGGUGGUGAUGUUGCUUAAUUUUUGAUUGCUCUAUUGCAAAUGGAUGCUCUUGUCGGUUGUUGGUAAGAUAAAUGUUAAUAUUGUUUCUCGUUGGUUUCAUUCUCUCGAUAAACAUUGCAUCCAGUUC